AUGACCGCGAAUCACUACAACUUCCCCUUAAUAAGGUCGCGUCGCGGACGCGGCCUCUCCCUCCUCUGCCUUCUCGCCUGUCUAUCAUGUAGUCUCAUUCUAGCCAUCUGGUAUGGCAUGAACUCCGACCGCGACUAUAUCCACCCAGUCCUAACCCAACUCAUCCCCGCCGGCCACUGUGCUUGCCAAACCUCCACAACCUUCCAAUGCUCAACAUGUCUCUCCUGUCCCGAACCCACCCUCCAACAACCAUCCGGGCUCGCAGAAUCCAAAACCUGGAAAUGGGAUUAUCCCCGCGACGCCCCCAACGAAGCCCUCGAGCACUCCCAAUGCCAAGCCGCAUUUCCAGGGCUCUUCGAAGACGUCGUCCGCGGCCAACGACACUGGCUCACAAACGGACGAAUAGCAUCCGAAGAUCUUGACGCAAUCCAUAUACAACAAGGAAUGGUUCGCGCAUCAAUAACCCGCGGCUACCUGCAUGUGAUGGCCGCACGAGCGAAAAAUGAAGACCACCGUCGCAAAAUCCUGGGAGUAUUAGGAUCUAUUCAUCGAGCGCUGGCCGCCGAUCGAGACCGCGCGUCGAGAAGAGAUAUCGAAUUUGUAUUUUCUGUCGAAGACAAAGUUGAAGAUGUUACUAGUCCCGAUCGACCUGUUUGGGUCUUCGCUCGGACCCCUCUGGAACAGGGAGUGUGGCUUAUGCCGGAUUUCAGCUUCUGGGCCUGGGAUAAUCCAAACAAUUACAUUGGACCUUUUGAUCAGGUCGUUGAUCGAAUUAAGCAACUGGAUAUUCCGUGGGAUGCUAAGAAGCCUCAAUUGGUUUGGAGGGGAAAACCGAGCUUCGCCCCCAAGCUUCGUCGGGCGCUGAUCGAAGCAGCCCGGGAUAAACCAUGGGGCGAUGUGAAGCAAGUGGAAUGGUCGACUGGUGAAAAUGUACUAAAAAUGGAAGACCAUUGCCAGUAUAUGUUCAUCGCACAUGUUGAAGGUCGUUCAUAUUCCGCAUCUUUGAAAUACAGACAAGCAUGUAAUUCUGUCAUUGUUGCUCACAAACUCCAAUACAUCCAACACCACCACUAUCUCCUAGUAGCCAGUGGUCCAAACCAAAACUACGUCGAAGUGGAACGCGAUUUCAGCGACCUCUCCGAGAAAAUUGAGCCACUGGUUCGAGAUACCGAAGCCGCACGACGUAUCGCUCACAACAGUGCCAAGACCUUCCGCGAGCGCUACUUGACUCCAGCAGCUGAAGCGUGCUACUGGCGCUCUCUAUUCGACGGAUAUGGAAACGUCUGGAAUAGCAGCGGCGUGGCUCCCUGGGCUGAAAAACGUACCAAGACACAUGGGCUUCGUUAUGAGUCCUUUAUUCUCUUGGAGAGUUCUCAUAUGUACGAGUUCCGUGCAGAUGUCUUUUAUUCUGGAUCGGGAUGA